UAUGCGUAAGGCAUGAAUUGUGUAUUGAUGUUGGCUUUGGUGAGGGGAAAUAUUUCGUUGAACAAGUAGCCAGAAUUUGCAGUUCUUAAUUGCAGGUUAAUUCAGUAAAGUGCAAAUGUCUAUCGGAAAUGAAGGAUUCGCCUAACACAUCUUUCAUACAUGGAAGACUAUUUAUAUGUGAAGCAGGGAAGAUAUUGAUGAGUUCAUGGACCCUGACGUUUUGUCUUUUUCUUCUAAUUUUUGUGUAAUGUAAUACUAACGUCUCUAAAUAGGUUGAAAACGUGUACGUUUAUUUUUAGUCUUCUGCACAUGGUAAUCGGUGUUCAUAUGGAAGGCAGACGAUUAGAACUGAAGUUGAAUUCAUCCACAUUAAUUGUUAUAGAGAUGACGCACAUUGUAAAUAGUAAUUACGUGCAUUGCAGAGUUUAAGAAAGUUCUGGGAACAAAUUUUUAUAUAUAAUAUAGGACAUUCCGUUUUGCCCAACGUAAGUUUUUAAUGCUUUCAAUAUAGAGAUUUCAUCGCGUGAAUUUUGUUCAGAAUGGUCAAGAAAAAGAAGAAUCGUCAUCAGCUAGAACCAUCAGGACAAAAUGGAGGAUAUUCCACUGAGAGUUGUGAUGAAACCCAAGCAAAUAACACAGGUGGGAAAUGUUGCCCCCAUGUCAACAAGGCUGUGGAUAUAUCAAGAGUGAAGAAAGCAUUGCGUACUGAGGGAUUUCUUAAUGAGUGUUCAAAGUGUUUGAAGAUGCCAGCAGUGAGCAAUGGCAUCCCAGUAGGAGACAAGGUAGAAAUUGGAUUAUGGCUCUGUCUCAAGUGCGGUCAUCAGGCGUGCGGUCGCUCCAGGGGACAGCAUGCCCUGAAGCACCACCAGACACCGCGCUCUGAUCCCCACACUUUGGUCAUCAACACUGAGCUCUGGAACAUCUGGUGUUAUGACUGUGGGUGUGAGAUUGCUGCACAGUGUCGCAAGAAACUUCAUGAGUGUGUUGAAUUCAUCAAGCGGCAGGAGGAGACCCAUGGAAGUUCCAAGAAAAGCCUCCCAUCCAACCCAGCUGACUGUGAAGUCCCACCAGUGGAGCAGAUCCCUCCAGUUCAGAAAGACUGCUGUACACUGAUGACAUUACAAGAACAGGAUGUUGGAGCUGUGAAGAAUGGUGACAUUGCAUCUGUAGGGGUCGUCAUAAAAGCAUCACCUACAUCGCCAAAGAACCCUAAAGCGGCGGUGCAAGAUGGCAGCUUGCCACGAGUGAGGGGGCUGUGCAAUGUUGGCAACACUUGUUUCUUCAAUGCAGUAUUGCAGUGCUUGGCGCAGACACCAUUCCUUUUGUCAGUGCUCCAGGAAAUGAGUCAGUCGGGCACCAAAUUCCAGCUGCCAGGCUGCCUUAUGAAGGAGGGAGACCUGCCUGUGCUGGAGGGUGAACUGAGCAAGUGGGGCAAUCUCACCGAGAUCCUGGCCUCUACACUUAAAGAACUGCAGUCACCAAAACAUGAUGUAUUCAACCCAACUCGUCUGUUGAAUAAACUCAUUCAACACUGCCCCCAGUUUGGAGGUGGGGAGCAGCAUGACUCUCACGAACUACUGAGACAUCUGCUGGAGGGGGUGAGAACUGAAGAUCUGAAGAGAUACCAAAGUGCCAUCCUUCAUCUGUUUGGGCUGUCAGAGAAAUCAGACCCAAAAGAAGUGGAAGACAAGGUUCGGGUAAAGGCAAAGGCUUAUGGUCGCCAAGCAUCGGAGUUGAUGCUUCACCCUGAGCAAGUGUUUCGUGGCUUCUUAGUCAGCACUCUUGAGUGUCAAGAUUGUCUCCACACCUCUCAGCGUGUUGAGAGUUUCCUGGAUCUCAGCCUGCCUGUUAUGGCUGACAAGCCACAGCCCCCAGUGAUGCGAAGGAAGUCAAACAAUGAUGAAUCAUAUGAUGUGUAUGGCAAUGCAUCAGAGGGACCGCCAUCCAAGCAUCAGUUGAAGAAGGAGCGGAGGCAGGCAAGAAAAGAACGUAAGCGACAGAAGGGGGGUUGUGUAGAAGGGGAGAAGUCCACCACUGCCAAGGAGAACUUUGCCAAGAAGAAUUCUAGUGAGUCAGAACACAGUGAUGCAGAUGUGGAGGACAACGUGGAGCAAGAUGUCGGAUCGAAGAGGCAUGGUAUUGACCUGGGGGAGUCAGGCUACAGCUCUGAGAAAGUUGGCAAUGAGGAUUCUGCAGUUGAGAGUCCACUGUCUUGUUUUGCCAAUGGAGACUCUGCUCUGGCCAGCCCCGCUUCACCAGCAGACAUGGAUGGUUCCACAUCACCAAUGGAGAGUGGAGAUGUGACAGAGAUUAGCAAGGAGCUGGUUGUCACAAUCCCAGCCUCUCCCUUGGAAUCAGUGGGCAGUCCUCUGUCUCCCAGCCCAGUUUCUUCUGAAGUGAAUAUAGACUGCUCCAGCUCAAUUUCAGCACGUGCUCAUGGGGACUGCAUGUCCCCUGACUGUAACAGGCCUGUCUCUCGCUUUGCAUUCUGUAAUGAUGAUGACAUGGACAGUGCUGAGGGGGUGGCAAGGCUCAGCCCUGUUGAGGAUGAUUCGUCUAAUGCUAAGAUUCCUCUAGUUUCUGACUUGUGUGAGGAUAUUUCUCGGCUGUGUACAAGUUUUGAUCUAGUGACAGAGCCAGAUGUGAAUGAUUGUGGGGAGAAACAGCAUGUUUGUGGAGGAGAUGUGGGAGGAAUCAUGGAGGAAGGUAACACUGUGAUAGGAGACAUGGUUGUCGAAGUGCAGUUAAAUGGGAAGACAGCCAGUGAAGUGCAGUCAAAUGGGGACCUAGCCAGGAAAAUGCAGCCAAAUAUGUCAGUGGAUGACAAGGUGCAGUCAGCUGGGGAGGUAGCCAACUGGAGUGCCACAGUUUUGCCAAGAUACCAGUGUGAUGAUGGGGAGUGUUCCAUCCAGUCCUGUCUGAAUCAGUUCACCGCACUUGAGCUCAUGACUGGGAACAACAAGGUUGGCUGUGAGAACUGCACCCAGCAACAAAACCAGGGUAAGGAAGGCAAAUUGGUGUGCACCAACUCGACAAAGCAGCUGCUGAUAAAAAGUCCCCCGGCAGUGCUGAUCCUGCACCUCAAGAGGUUCCAAGUGCAUCGCUCCAUGUUUCGCAAGCUGACACGCCAUGUCAGCUUUCCUAUGGUGCUGGAUCUGGCACCCAUUUGUUCUGCCAUGUACAAGGACUCACUGAUGCUGAAGCCUGGAGAGAAUCAUGUGCUGUAUGCUCUGUAUGGGGUGGUUGAGCACAGUGGCACGCUUCAUGGGGGCCACUAUGUUGCCUAUGUGAAGGUGCGUGCCCCUGUACAAGACACUGAUCCACGGUGGUCAUUCCUCCCCACAGAACAUCAGGUCCCCAGUCAAGUGGUGGAGGGGCAUUCUGACAAUGCGAAGGCGCCUGCAGGGAAGUGGUACUUUGUGAGUGAUUCUCGUGUCAGCGAAGUGGGAGAGGAGCGAGUUCUUCGCAGCCAGGCCUACUUGCUGUUCUAUGAACGCUUCUUGUAGACUGAACCAUUGCCUCCCAUUGGCUAUAAUGUUCGUGAUGGAUGAUACACAUCAGUUGCGCUGCAUGAUCAGUUGGUGUUAGAAGCAGCAAUAAGGGUGAAUCUUUGAAA